AUGUCUUCAUCAAGCCGCCUCCCCAUCACGAUCGUGACCGGCUUCGCAGGCUCAGGCAAAACUACUCUAAUCCUCAAUCUGCUGCCUCAACUUCGAGCGGAGAAUCCAGGCUACAAACUCGCAUUGAUCAAGAACGAGAUUGGAGAUGUCGCCGUCGAUACUCAACUCGCUGCCUCUGCCGAAAUGGCCGGCGCUCGCGAGCUCCUUGGCGACUGCAUCUGCUGCACUAAUGUCGGCCAAAUAGAGGAUGCAUUGGCCACGCUCGACAAAGAAUGCCAACCUGAUCGAAUCAUCAUCGAAACGUCCGGAUCUGCUGAGCCGCUGAAGGUGGUGCUGGAGGUCAACCGCGUCAGCAAGGCAACUGGGCGAUAUGAACUUGACGGCAUCGUCUCCGUGAUCGAUGCAGAGAAUUGGAGUGGCUACGCCAGUACAUCGUUUACUGCCAAGCUACAGGCCAAGCAGACAGACUGUAUCAUCAUCAACAAGUGGGAAAGUCUUAGCGAGCGGGCUUUCGAUCUGUUUCUUGACAAGCUUGGCGACUUAGAUGUUGACACGCCCCAGAUCAAAAGCCAUAAAGGCUUCGUAAGUAAGGAAUUGCUGUUUGGCUUUGAUCCAGAGAUGGCCAGAUCCUGGAUGGCUGAGCAUGACCACCACCACGAGCACAAACAUGAUCACCAUAUGGGAGAGAUGGAAUGUAUAUCUGUGACGCUCUCUUCUACCAGAGCUGACGCCAGCGUGGACAUUUCGAAGCUGGAGCAGCUACUGAAGACCGCGCCGAAGGAUGAGGUAUACCGAAUCAAGGCUGUGCUGUUUGCUUCCGCAUCGCCGAGGACUUCUGAGGGAACGCAGGUCAAUGGCGAGACUGCAGGCAGAUUUCGCUAUAUCCUCAACUGGUCGUUCGGACGGUGGACUUGGUCGCAUGACGCAGGUAAUGAUAGUAAGGCGCCGACUCUCCGUAUGUCAAUCUUCACGGCGCCGCACGAGAGCAAUAAGUGGCUCAAGCGCAUCGAAAGCGGACAGUACGUUGCGCUGGCCAAUGGUGAGGACGGAAACUUGGAUGUGAAGAGGGUCCAGUGA